AUGUCGCCAUCUGAUAAGCUCCUGAUAAGCGCAUGGCCCCCCGAUGUGAACGUCAACCGGCCUCACAGGCGAGAUUUUGUCUAUGCCUUACGUGAAGCAUGCCUCCACUUCGAUCGGCCGUGCUCUUUAGAACGUGAAGCUGUCACGGCGUAUCGUCCGAUCUCGCCCGUUGAGAAUCCAGUGCAAGAUACUCAUGCUUUUUCUGAUGCGAGUCGUGGCGAUGGGUUCAGUCAGCAGGGCUCCACAGAUGAGAGGCUCGAAAGGCUCGAAAGAAUCGUCGAGGGCUUGGUAGGCCGACUAGAUUCCAGACUCUAUGCUCUGACCAGUAUCUGGAAUAAUGAGCCGUCUGCAAGGAAAGCCACACAAUUCGUUAGCUCGACUGAGCAGAACCCAGCCCCCGUGCUUUUAAUCCGAGAUGCGGCCAUAGAUGCUGGUGUGCAUUCGCCUGAUCAGAAUGAUUCCAAUACCGGCUUAUUUUCAGACGUUAUCUCAUCUGGACUAGUGACAUUGCCAACUGCCCACUCCUUAGUACAAUUAUUUCACUUUCACUAUGGUCGAUGGGUCAAAUUCCCAGAAGAUGUAUCGACUGAGUCUCUGAUACCACGGAUUCGAAAAUCUCCAGUUCUCCUAUGCAGUGUCCUGCUAAUUGCAGUCCGACAUUCCACCCAAGAUCUUGCAGAUCGACUUGCGCCUCAAUUAUUCCGUGAAGCAAAGCGUCUCGUUACAUCAUCAUUACUUGUGGUGCCCCAACCAAUCGAAUUCUUCCAAGCUGUACUCAUAUUGAGCUUAUGGUCUACGACUAUCGGUCAAGUACCGUUGAGUGUUGACAGCUGGCUCCUGACGGGAUAUGCUCUGCAACAAGCAUUGAUCGGUCCCGACUUUGCGGAAGUCUUUCGAUCAGGCCCAUCCCUUCCUACCACACGUCGUCACAUUGAUACUUGGUGUUUAUGGAAUCAUCUCUGUCUGGCUCAUCUACAAUACUGCGUAGGAACACGUCGGCAGGCCAUGCUCAGCGAAGCUCAAAUUGGCCAUUGUACCCGGUUCAUUGAGUCUGAUAGCGUCACCAACUAUGAAGCCAGAAUGGUUGCCGAAGUGAAACUAUAUUGGAUCAUCUAUCAACAGUGCUUCGGUCCUCAAAUAGAGCUAUCCGAAGUGAGGCGUGUGCUGCAGAAUUGGCAACACGAAUGGCAUGCGUUGUUUGCCCAGCCUCGAUCCCAGUUUCUCCAAAUGGGGUUUCAUUUCGCUCAUCUUCUCGCGUACAGCAAUUCUCUCAAAUCACCCCAGACUGCGAUGGCUAGCUCUACAGUCACAGAAAUGAUCAGUCAUUCAACAAUCAUCAUCAACCUUGCAAUCGACACAAGCGAUGAAAGAACGCGUCAUCUAACAGAUCAAAUAUACCACAUCGUGACUUUCUCUGCACUGACACUUUCUCGCCUUGUUCAUACAUAUGAGUCGAAUCUUCAGGCGGGCCAUCAUAAUUUCGAGAGUCUUGAUAACCUUGUUGUCAAGCUUAUAAAUUGGCUCAAAUCAAUUGGACUUCCAUGCCACACUGCAAACAUGCUAGGCGAUAUUGUCUCGGCCCAGUUCGUGAAACUACGACCGAACUUUCGACAGGCAGCGAUCAACGAUGUUGAGAGGAACGAACUUGGUCGCGACGAUAUAUUUGUUGAUGAUACGCCACUACCACCCGAUGUCGCGCUUUUUUGCCCCAAUUUCAUUGGAUCUGAGCUCUUUGAUCUAGAUACGGAGCUGGCGUCCUGGCCGCAAUGGGGGCCGAUGUAUCCGCAUAUCGAUGAGUCAACUUAG